CUUUAUCGCAACAAAACUAGAAAACAUUUCAAAAACGUGAAGCGACAUUACGACAACAAAUUGAUCCCCUGUUUGAAAGAUCGGUCAGGAGAUCAGAGAUCACCAAUCAACGGAAAACUGUACGGCCUUUGUUUUACGGCCAGUGUUCGGCCCUGGAGCAUGACUGGCGAACCACUUCCCAAAUCUCCAUUUGGAAACACCCGUUUGAUGCUUCCCGUGGAAUAUUUACUUGAAGAGGACACCAAUCUAUAUUUUGCGGAUUUUUACUGCUUGUACGGUGAUCAUCAUUACGUCACUUUAGUUGUGACUGGGAGAUUUUCUGAAGCAGAUAAAUUUUGUUGGAGACACUUAAUAAAAUUGGACAUUACAGACAACCCGUUUCUG